CCAUUCUCCACAAGCCGAAGCGGCCAUUUUGUUAGAAGUGCGCUUCUUCGAAGUUGCUCAGACUUGAACCAUCCGGAAUUCAUAUGAUUUUCUUGGUAACAAAGAUUGCAAUUGUUUAAUUCCUGUACUAAACAAGUGAGUGGAAUAAGCCUGCCGAGUUCUGCAUACCCAUUGCGAUGGAAGAUAAAGCUACACUAAAAGAUUUGGAUCAAUGGAUCGAACAACUGAACGAGUGCAAACAAUUAACCGAAUCGCAAGUGAAAACUCUGUGUGAUAAGGCCAAGGAAAUACUGUCCAAGGAGUCAAAUGUUCAAGAAGUAAAAUGUCCAGUCACAGUAUGCGGCGAUGUGCACGGUCAGUUCCACGAUCUGAUGGAGUUAUUUCGGAUAGGCGGACGAUCGCCCGAUACUAAUUACCUGUUUAUGGGUGAUUAUGUAGAUCGCGGUUAUUAUUCGGUAGAAACCGUGACGCUUUUGGUAGCAUUAAAGGUAAGAUACCGUGAAAGAAUAACAAUUCUGCGAGGAAACCACGAGUCCCGGCAAAUCACGCAGGUUUAUGGGUUUUAUGACGAGUGUCUUCGAAAAUAUGGCAACCCAAACGUAUGGAAAUUUUUUACUGAUUUGUUUGACUAUUUGCCUCUGACGGCGUUAGUUGAUGGUCAGAUUUUCUGCUUACAUGGUGGACUUAGUCCAUCAAUCGAUACGCUCGACCAUAUUCGUGCGCUUGAUAGACUUCAGGAGGUGCCGCAUGAGGGUCCGAUGUGUGAUCUGCUUUGGUCUGAUCCUGAUGAUCGGGGUGGCUGGGGCAUAUCCCCCAGAGGUGCCGGAUAUACGUUCGGACAGGAUAUUUCUGAAUUAUUCAAUCAUACAAACGGUCUGACACUAGUAUCUAGAGCACAUCAACUGGUAAUGGAAGGUUACAAUUGGUGCCAUGAUAGGAAUGUGGUCACUAUAUUUUCAGCGCCCAAUUAUUGCUACCGUUGUGGCAAUCAAGCUGCAUUAAUGGAGUUGGAUGAUGCACUGAAGUUUUCAUUCCUACAAUUUGAUCCUGCUCCGCGUCGCGGUGAGCCGCACGUGACCAGAAGAACGCCAGAUUACUUCCUAUAAGGAGACACUUAAGGCCAGCAGAAUAAAAGGCCAUGCAUCAUACGCCUUUUUGUUCUACAAUAGGUGAAGGUUGGUGAACAAACAUAUGGCACCGAUACGUCUUGAAAUGUUUAAUCGAAGAGAAAUUGAGCGAAAUAUUUCUACCAAUACACGUCAAAACACACAUGAGAACAGUGAAAAUGAUUGAUUUUGAAAAUACAAUAUUAUAACAAUAAAUAAAAAAAUAACAUGUGUUGCUAAAUAAACAAUUUGGCGAAUGUAGUACCAAUAAUGAUCAGAAGUCGCAAUACAAAGAACUUACAGGCCGAAUAUCGCAUCAAAAGGAAUAUAGCGAAAGUUCGGUAUUUUGUGUGCAAGGGCAUUUUUUUCAAACAAAUAAAUUGUUGGGCUCUUUCUGGAUCAAAAAACACCAGGUAUUUUUACACAUAUCUAAUAAUUGGUUUCUGGUGUGGCGUAAAUUUGCAUGAUUUCAUGCGUCUGCAAUAGAUUAACUGAAGAAUAAAAUCAGCGAGAUUGUGUUGGUAUUUUGAGUGAAGCCAAAUCGAUGGUAAAAAUGAGAACAAAUAAUAAAACAAGGUUCUAUGAUAAUACAAUAAUUAGAAAACGAGAAAAAUAAUAUUUUAUAAAUGAUGAAGUAUUGUGUUACGACGCAAAGAAAGAAGCUAGAGCAUACGCUAACUAGUCAGGCUAUAAAACGAACUAUUCUCUUGCAAACAAUUGAAAUAUGCGAAAGAAAACGGUUGGAAAAUGAGUUCAUUGGUUGAUAACCUUUCAAAAAGAAUAACAGAUGCUUCUUUAACAGAUGAAAUUUCUUUUUUUAUUAUUAAAUACAAUAAUGUUCUGAUAUGAGCAUCGCUGAUGUAAGCAGCUUUUUUUGUAUGGCUAAUCGUUUGAGUUUAUGAAAUAUCAUCAUUCAGCCUUUGAUGUUGCAAUGCUAUGCAACCUAGUAAGAUAUGUUUACUUUCAGGUGUUCUCAAGAUGGUUGAAUGGCCAUUUCGAUUAUCAGUUGUCUUGGUCCUAUGGCACCUUGGUGUGCCAUGAGUUAGAUUGAUUCAUCAUAAUGAAUCGUGGCGCAGAGGGUUGUUAAUUGUUACGAUACAGAAACAACUUAACAAUAAAUUUUUGAUUUUUGCAUUUCAAACGGUGCAUUAGAAGUGCAAAUCAAACAGCUCCAUGAUCACAGUCGGCAAAUCUAAUACUGAGAUGCCUAUUCCACAAAAUCUCUAAGGCUGCUGAGAUGUUGAAAUGUAAAACGACGAAAAAAAGCAAACAUUUGGAUAUCAAAGAAAAAACUAAAAAAGAAUAGUCCGAGAAUUAUAUUAUUCCGGAUACCGGGGGAGAUUUAUCUUAAUCCGGUUUAAAAACUAUUACGAGAGAAACAAAAUACACAAGAAACUCAUUAGCAUUUAAACAAAUAAUCAUUCACUAAAACAACACGGCUUUAACUUAUUUAUUAAAUUCAAUGCAGUUUUUGUUUUCAAUAAUAAAAAAAAACAAUU